AGAGGUUUACACUCUCAGACGCAGACGCUGAAGAAGAAGAACGACGAAGCAGCACACACACCCACACUACAGAGAGAGGCGGGGUCAUUUCUUUAUCAACCAAACCAAACGCCGUCGUCGUCAACCAUCAGUAGCCAUGAAGGUGCGUUCCUCUGUGAAGAAAAUGUGUGAGUUUUGUAAGACAGUUAAACGUCGCGGGCGUGUUUAUGUGCUUUGCACAGCCAAUCCCAAGCAUAAGCAAAGACAGGGCAUGUCAACAUUUGCAUACGAAGGCACGGUGUCUUCCAUUUACGCAGAGACUAGUGCCAAGCUGGAGAACAGCUCUGGUCACAGCGUGCAAGCUGGUCUGGCCUCUCUGAUACCCAAAAAGCACGAACCCUCAAUGCCCUCUAUACCCUCUACGAUACUUGGAUGGAGGGUGGGCCUGGCCUCCCUGCUGUUCAACGAGGCCAAGUAGCUUUGAAAUUUGAAAUGGGAAGAAUGCAAACCUUAUCUCAGUUUUUAGGUUCCUUUCUUUGGUUGUGCUGCCAGAUAUAUUCAAAAUGUUAUAAGCUCCUCUCUUUUUGUCUUGGAUUUUAGCUUUUAAUCUGCUACUAUAUAUAAUACUUCCAUCUCUCCCUCGCUUUCUGGUGUGUGUGUGUGUUUAGACUUAGCUGUGCUAGAGAUUCUGAUCGUAGCGACCUUACCUGCUCCACAUAUAUAAUUCAGGAAAUAAGAUGGCUCGAAUUGUAAAGGACACUUUACCUGAUUUCCUGGAAAAGAAUUAGAUGGUAUGAAAGUGAAACGUAAUUUGGAAUGGAUGUUGCAAGAGUUUUCUUUUCAUAUUCAUUUUACAGAUCAUAUGGAACCAAAUUAGUGAAUCCAUAUGAAAUUAUGAAUUAUGCGGGUAGGUCUACCCAUCUCUUGUAAGUCAUACCCGAAAGGCGAACCUUUAUAUAUCUUAAUUGACCAAAAAAUAGAGAAAAAAACAAGAGUACCCAAUCAUGUAUGUUUCUUUUCUUUCAUGCUAGCAUACCUACAUACAAACCUAAUAAUAUUAUUCAGGCAUCAACAUUGCCAUCGGAGUUGUUUUAUGGUGAGGGUGCCAUAUAUGGACCUUCAUAUUAGUUGCCGGAUUCAUUUAAAUAGAAACUUCACUUGAAUUUAAUGAAAUGAUCUUAUGACUAAUAUAAAGGUUCACAUGAAAGGUUUAUAUAUGACACUCUCAUUAUAGACUUUUGCCAAUUAGGUGUCGCCUUGGGCCUUCCUGGAAAUUGCCUCUCACAAUCUUUAACACCCGAAAGAAAAUUAUGUGCAACUAGCCUUCCUGGAAAUUGCCGCUCACAAUCUUUUAACACCCAAAAGAAAAUUAUGUGCAACUAGCCUUUCCUCUGUAGAUAUUUUCCUUUUCUUAGUCGCCCUCAGCAGCACACUAGUGGGAGAAAGAAACCGCGGUGGACAGGCCCGCGUCCAGCAGCGUAUUAAUUAGUUAAUUAAUUAAUGUUUAAUAAAUAAUUCGAAAACAAAAUCCAAAAUCACCCAAUCGAAAACAACGAUUCCCCACAAAUCGAAGAAAACACAAGUCCACGCGGACUCCCUCUCACUUUCUCAUCAGUUCUUUAUACACUGGACUCGAUUUUCCCUUCUUCCAUGGAAAACUGGAAACCCUAAACCUCCAAAUUCAUUGUUUUUAAAGUUUGUUUUCCAGGAUGGAACCGGCGCUUAGCUUUUGAAUGUUCCCGGCAAAAUUCACUCCACUUGCAGACUAAAUGGUGACGACUCUCAACGCCUCCGUGACAACUUGGAUCCGUCACUUACUCGCUUGCAUGGGUGGUUGUUUUGGAUGCUGCACUAAACCCACACCAAUUAUUGCCGUCGAUGAGCCGUCCAAGGGAUUGAGAAUUCAAGGUCGAACUGUUAAGAAACCUGGUAUCUCAGAUGAUUUUUGGAGCAGCAGUACAUACGACUUGGACAAUAGUGCUCUUCAAUCCCAGAGAAGCAUCUCAUCCAUCAGCACCUCCAACCAGACCCUCACCCAUGGCAGUGUGGCUGGUAGCACAAGCAGCCAGUCUGACUUUGUAAAUAAUGGUCUUGUUCUCUGGAACCAGACCAGGCUUGAGUGGAUUGGAAGUGGCAAGCCUAGAAAUCAUACUCCAACAAGUCGGGAAAGCAGAUUAAGUUGGAAUUCAACGUAUGAAAGAUUGGUUGGAACCAAACAGAGACAGUCUUUCACGCAGCGCAUUCCUUUGUCUGACAUGAUAGAUUUUCUCGUCGAAGUAUGGGAGCAGGAGGGGCUGUAUGAUUGAGCGAGUAUCAGACUCUGCCUUUUAACGUCAGAAAGAUACUUGAUCUUUGUAAAUCUCAGAGUCGUGGGCAAAGAAGGAAUUGGAACAAUGAAAAUAUGUUUCAAGUUUAAUUGUAAUUUUACCCAGUGAUAUUUUCAUCUUGUGCGCCCCUAUGGAACGGUGGAACGUGCCCUCUGCCUCGGAUGAUAGAAAACCAGUUGCCUUUGCUUGUGUGAAUACCAAAAGUAAAAAGUGUUUCAAAACUGUACUAAACUAAGCUUCAUCUCAUGGUGAUCUUUUGUAUGUAUAAAUGUCUGUUUCUGUCCUUUGUUUUUCUUCCCCCCAAUGUGUAAGCAUUUUCUAUUUUUUCGGUGCCUUUUUCUUUUCUUCUGUGUCUUCUUCUAGGUGGGAAAGCAGUGGUGUUUCUUUGAAGGUCAGUCGUACUACUAAGCAUACAUGCAUGCAUGUUUCGCAGCCCAUGUAGGGUGCAACGAAAUUGUAAUUGGACCAUUUUGGAUUUUUUUUAUUUAUUUUUUGGGUAACAA